CAACUCCUACUUGUUUGCCGAUUUUCUUUAUCAAACCCACAGCUUCAUCCGAUCGCUUAGCCUCAAAAUGAAAAAUCGAGCCGAUCCUCACGCGCCGAUACCGUCGUACCGGGGCGUCCGGAAGCGGAAAUGGGGGAAAUGGGUGUCGGAAAUCCGCGAGCCGGGGAAGAAGACCCGCAUUUGGCUCGGCAGCUACGAGGCCCCCGAGAUGGCGGCGGCGGCCUACGACGUGGCCGCGCUCCACCUCAAGGGCCACAGGGCGGAGCUCAAUUUCCCCGAGCUGGCGCCGAGCUUCCCUCGGCCGACUAGCUUCAGUCCCGAGGACGUGCAGUUCGCGUCGGCGCAGGCGGCAUUGCAUAUAAAAAGCAUAGCGUCGGGGGACGUUUCGGCGAGGUCGCCGUCCAGGGUGGGUAUGAGCUCGGUUCCGACUCGGGUUGGGUUGUCAGCGAGUGAGAUUCGGGAGAUUAACGAGUGGCCGAUGGACUCGCCCAGGAUGUGGAUGAUGGAGUUGAGAGAGGAGCCUCUGGUCUUGAGUGAUGAGAUAUUCGAACUCAGUGAGUGGGAAGAAGUGGAAAAUCAGUAUUCAAUUUGGGAUUUAUAGACAAAUAAAAACAAUUUUUUUUUAACUUAUAUGAAUUAGUAGGGUAUAGGGUUUUUUUUUUUUUUUUUCUUCUGUUUGGAAGGGGAGAAAUGAGUUGGGUUUUUUUAUAUAUAGCUCAUUUUAGUGGGUUUCUUUUUUCUUUUUCUUUUUUUUGUUAAUUUUUGGUGGGUAAUCCCACUUUUUUUUUUCUAACAUUUCAUGUAGUUAAUUAAUUAAUAAUAAUAAUUAUUUGAAUAUAUAGCUAUUUGGUAAUUAAUUAAGUUGGAGUAGUGAAGAUUCCAAUGGA